CGAGCGACUGAGUUCCAGUUUGGGUUUGAUCCUUGAGGACGGCAUUGGGAGCAUCAACGCGUCGGCCGGCGAGACAGGUCCAUCCCAUCGACAGUCCGUCCAUCCUCCUUCUAUUUGACUGCAUAGGGAGCCUUCACGGCGACCGACACGAUGAAGGCCAGUCGCUCACUGGUGGUCUUGUUCAGUCUCCUGCAGGUAUUGCUGAUGGCUUGUUUAGCCGUAUACGGAACCUCCGCGGGCGUGGAGUCCGCUGAGGACGACACGCACGGCUUCAACUCCAAGGCUAAAUUCGCACGAGACAAUGCCAUGCCUAAUGAGCUGGAGGCGACGGAGGAAGGCCGCCGCCUCCUAAUGAAUGGCUGCGCCAAGUGCGGGGGGGGAAAGUGUUGCCCCAAGGGAUGGUACUGCAAGUAUGGGAAGUGCGUGAAGCCUUACUGAAGGAGGAAAGAACCAGGCAUGGAGGAGUUCGGUUGGGUCGUAGCUGAGAACGAGUUUCGCUGAGGUAUGCCGAUCAAUGUCAUCUCGAUCCGCUGUGCAAACGGUCGUGUAGUCGUAGGGUAGGUAGCUAAGGACGCGUUUCACGACAAAGGAUUUGAGUUCCAGUCUCUACUGUCCUGACCUUUACGUUUCUCCCUCCCUGUUAGUGAGCGUUUUGUUCACAGCUUCAGACGCAUACUACGGUAGAGUCGCGUUUGCUCUCUAGUACAGUAGAGCUGCAAUCCUGGGUGGAGUGCACGGUACCGUCACGUCACGUCACGACACGACAUGUCACGUCGUYUGCUGCCGUUCGUCCCUCACUGUUUGUAAGUAAACUUCUGGGAAAACUGGAGCGCAGUMACGGUUUUUGCUUCAAAAUGUAUUCCACGCAAAACACUGAAAAUGUGGAAUGUAUACAAGCUAGCUUGAGGGUMMSGUGGGGGUGUGUUAUGUUCGAGGGAAUACCUGAACUGCAUUUUGGGAACUGUUUUCGUGACUGCGCACUAGUUGCCCCUAAAGUUUGUUAACGGAGCAAUGCCUAGUUGCCCUUAAUCUCUUUCAAAGGAGCGAUUCAACGCAGUAGAAUAGAAUAGAAGAGAGAAGAGAGAAGAGAACGGCGAGCUGUGUCGGUCGAUGCGAUAGUGCAGGGAAUGAAUUGAGAAGCUUACU